CCAGCAUCAACACUCCCAGAAGCUGGAGAAGUGAAUGAGAAAAUAUGUGAAAUCCACUAUACAGAAGGAGUUGGAUGCAGUCCAGACCAAACCAUCAAUUUUUCAAUUGUUCCAUGCACCCAAAGUGAUUAUGAGAACCUGCUGCUUGAGCUUUUCCAGAUUUUCAAGUGCUGUAUCCUUUUAUGGCCUCGUACUCAACCUGCAGCACCUGGGGAGCAAUAUCUUCCUGUUCCAGGUUCUCUUUGGAGCCAUCAUGCUCACAGCCAGAUUCAUUUCCCUUUGGACUCUGAAWUACAUAGGUCGUCGGACAAACCAGACACUGUUCUCCUUCCUGGCAGGAGUCUCCAUUCUGGUCAACACAUUUUUGCCCCAAGAAAUGCAGACUCUGCGUGUGGUUUUAGCAACUUUGGGAAUUGGAUCUGUUUCUGCUGCCAGCACUGGUUCUGCUCUCCACCAAGUUGAGCUCCUCCCCACUGUAUUCAGGUCAACACUGGGAGGCAUCACUACAGUAUUCCACAGAAUAGGUGCAAUWCUGGCUCCUCUCCUGAUGACCUUCCUGGGGUAUUCUCUCCGUCUGCCCUGGAUCAUCUAUGGAGUCAUCACCCUCCUUGCUGUCCUUGUUAUCUUGCCCCUUCCAGAAACCAGGAAUCAGCCUCUUGUUAACACCAUCCAGGAUGUGGAAAAUAACACAAAAUAUUCAAGAAAAGUAAAGCAGGAAGAUACUUCCACAAAAGUAACACAGUUUUAACGACUUCCCAAGAGUUGAUCCAAAGAAGAACAAAAUAAGGGAGAAAAAGUCAAGAUUGUUCCAUAUGCCUAUAAAACUAGUCAUAAAUA